AUGACUUCCCUCCCCGCGGAGCGCUACCAAGCGUUGGCCUGGAGUCACGCGGGGAAACGGGGCGCCUCUGACUCGCUGGCUGUCCUGGGCGCCCCGACGCCGGGGUCGGGUAGGGUGGGGCGCGGCAGGGCUGGGGUCACCGUCGCCACACACGUGCUGACUCCCACCGCCCCCAGCACGGAGUCCCGCGCGGCUGCCGCGCGAGAUCUGCUUCAGGCCGCGCUCGAGGAUCUGAGCCAGGAGCAGCUGAAGCGCUUCCGCCUCAAGCUGCGGGAUGCGCCGCUGGACGGCCGCAGCAUCCCGUGGGGGCGGCUGGAGCGCGCGGACGCCGUGGACCUCGCGAUGCAGCUGACCCAAUUCUACGGGCCAGAGCCUGCGCUGGACGUGACCCGGAAGACCCUGAAGAGGGCGGACGUGCGCGACGUGGCGGCGCGACUCAAGGAGCAGCGGCUGCAGCGUGAGCGCAGGGUCGGGGAUUGCCAGGGCCCCUGCCUGUCCGUUCGCUCCCGCCUGGGCAGAGUCUGGGCCUCGAGCCGCCAUCCUUCCCGCUUCCCCGUCCGCAGAUUCACCAGCCCCAGGGCUCGGAUCCUGGGCGCUCUUGAGGGUGGCCCCAACUCCCUCUUGCGGCCCCCGCCCCGCCCCUGCACAUUCAGCAGGGCCUCACCACAGGUCUCCCUUCCAGGGCUCGGCCCCAGCUCCCCCGCUCUGCUCUCCGUGUCCGAGUACAAAAAGAAGUACAGAGAGCAUGUCCUGCAGCAGCAUGCCAAGGUGAAGGAGAGAAACAGCCGCUCGGUGAAGAUCAACAAGCGCUUCACCAAAUUGCUUAUCGCGCGCGAGAGCGCCCCGCUGGUGGACGAGGCUCCGGGGCUCGCGGAGGAGCAGGGGCCAGAGCGCGCUCGGCGCUCGGACACCCACACCUUCAACCGCCUCUUCGGCCGCGACGGAGAAGGUCAGCGGCCUCUGACUGUAGUGCUACAGGGCCCCGCGGGCAUCGGCAAAACCAUGGCGGCUAAGAAAAUCCUGUACGACUGGGCGGCAGGCAAGCUGUACCACGACCAGGUGGACUUCGCCUUCUUCUUGCCCUGCCGCGAGCUGCUGGAGCGACCCGGCACGCGCAGCCUGGCCGGCCUGAUCCUAGACCAGUGCCCCCACCGCAGUGCGCCCCUGCGGCAGAUGCUCGCUCGGUCCGAGCGGCUGCUCUUCAUCCUGGACGGCGCGGACGAGCUGCUGCCGCCGCCGGGGCCCUCCGAGGCCAGGCCCUGCACAGACCCCUUCGAGGAGGCAGACGGCGCGCGGGUGCUGGGCGGCCUGAUGAGCAAGACGCUGCUGCCCGACGCGCGCCUGCUGGUGACGGCGCGCGCCACCGCCCCGGGGAGGCUGCAGGGCCUCCUGUGCUCACCGCAGUGCGCGGAGGUGCGCGGCUUCUCCGACAAGGACAAGAAGAAGUACUUCCACAAGUUUUUUCGGGACGAACGGAUGGCGGAGCGUGCCUACCGUUUCGUGAAGGAGAAUGAGACGUUGUUCGCCCUGUGCUUCGUGCCCUUUGUGUGCUGGAUCGUGUGCACUGUUCUGCGCCAGCAGAUCGAGCUCGGCCAGGACCUGUCGCGCACCUCCAAGACGACCACGUCCGUGUACCUGCUUUUCACCGCCAGCGUCCUGAGCUCGGCGCCUGCGGCAGAUGGUCCCCAGAUGCAGGGCGAGCUGCGCAAGCUGUGCCGCCUGGCCCGUGAAGGCAUCCUCCAGCACAGGGCGCAGUUCGCGGAGAAGGAUCUGGAACGACUGGAACUCCGCGGCUCUAAAGUCCAGACGCUGUUUCUCAGCAAGAAGGAGCUGCCAGGCGUGCUGGAGACAGAGGUCACCUACCAGUUCAUGGACCAGAGCUUCCAGGAAUUCUUCGCUGCGCUGUCCUACCUGCUGGAGGAUGAGCGAGAUCUCACGGCACCGGCUGACAGCGUAGGAGCGCUUCUGCGGGGGGACACCGAGCGGCGCUGCCACCUCACGCUCACCACGCGCUUCCUCUUCGGGCUGCUGAACACAGAGCGGAUGCGCGACAUCGAGCGCCACUUGGGCGGCGUGGUUUCAGAGCGCGUGAAGCAGGAUGUCCUGCGGUGGGUGCAGGAACAGGGCCAGGGCCGCCCUAGGGCGGCACCUGAGGGGGCCGAAGAGACCGAAGCUCCGGGAGGCGCCGAGGAGCCGGAAGAGGACGAGGGCGAGCUCAACUACCCGCUGGAGCUGCUGUACUGCCUGUACGAGACGCAGGAGGGCGCCUUCGUGCACCAAGCCCUGCGCGGCUGGCCUGAGCUGGAGCUGGAGCGCGUGCGCUUCAGCCGCAUGGACCUGGCCGUCCUGAGCUACUGCAUAAGGUGCUGCCCCGCCGGGCAGGCCCUGCGGCUGGUGAGCUGUGGACUGGUCCCCGCACAGGACAAGAAAAAGAGGAAGAGCCUGAUAAAGCGACUGCAUGGCAGCCUGGGCGGCAGCUCUUCACAAGCCACCAUGAGAAAACCCCAGGCCUCUCCACUACGUUCACUCUUUGAGGCCAUGACUGACCAACAUUGUGGUCUGAACAGCCUGACGCUGUGCCGCUGCAAACUGCCUGACUCCGUCUGCCAAGACCUCUCUGGGGCCCUGAAGGAGGCCCCUGCCCUGAGGGAGCUGGGCCUCCUCCACAACUGGCUCACCGAGGCAGGCCUGCGUGUGCUGAGUGAGGGCCUGGCCUGGCCCCAGUGCCGGGUGCAGAAGCUCCGGGUGCAGCAGCCCUGCCUCCAGGAAGCGCUUCAGUACCUCAUCAGCAUGCUCAGGCAGAGCCCAGCAUUGACUACCCUGGAUCUCAGUGACUGUCAACUGUCGGGACCCAUGGUAACCUACCUGUGUGCAGCCCUACAGCACCCAGGAUGCCGCCUACAGAGCCUCAGGUAGAGGCAGGGGCGGGAAACGUGCUGGGGACUCAGCCCCUCAACCGUGGGUUGGGCUGGGUGCCUGGGGACUUCCCCUGGGCCCUGAAGUGGAGCCCCUCUCAGG